CCUCCAGUUCCAUCCACGUCGAAGCAAAUGGUGGGUAUUUGUCGUUUCUAAUGGCUGAGGAAUAUUCCGUUGUAUACAUGAACCACCUCUUCUUUCCAUUCAUCUUCCGAUGGACACCGAGGCUCCCCGUCCUCAACUAUUACCCAUACUGAAUGCACUCAGCCUCAUCUAGUCUGAAACCGAGAAGUGGUUCUCACUCCCGGAGAGAUUAUUACCAGAGAAGCAGCCCCCACACACUCAGGUGCCACAUCUCCACCAGCCAUUUUUUUUUAUAAACGGCAACGGGCACUGAACCCGAACCUUCCCAGAAACGGUCACAGAACCCCUGGCCCAGGUCAGUGGAGCUUGCUUCCAAGAGCUGCCCUGUUCCCAGGCCAGCCCUAUAAAUACUCCCAAAGUCCCCCUGGACAUGCAGUUAGUAGUACCUCUGCCUCUGGGCACUGUCCCCACACUCAGGCCUACGCUCCCCGCUGGACCAAAGCCUGCAGGUGAGAAGUGACCAAAGCAGACAUCCCCCCUCUCACACACUUUGGACCUUUUGUUCUGAGUCCACCUGCAAAAGAAAUGUCAACUCUACCGAGGAAAGCAGACACACAAGGACCUGGCUAGAUGAGAAGAACCAGAUCCUCCAGGUUUGUGCCUCAGGGGCUGAUGGGCAGGUACCUGAGAAAGUCCCGAGGAGGAGGGAGCGGUGAGCUGAAGACGCCCUGUUGGUACAAGAUAGGGUCAAAACACGUAUACUUUUUUCCCUCAGAGCCCCCGGGCUGCAAGCACCACCAGCGCCCAUGCCCUCAGGGAGGCAAAAAUAGCGUAGACGUCACUGGUCUGAUUUUACCAGUGGGAACCUACCCCUCAGGAGGCCAACGUUACACGCAUGGCGCUGCGGCCAGGCGAGAUCACGGACCCAGAAGCCGGGAUCUAGUCUGACGCAGACACUGCUAGAGGCGGGCCUUGGGCCAAGCUCCUCUUAGGUCGGUGACCUCGCUUAGUGGCCUCACCUCUGCAGGCGGAUCUCCCUCUCCCCUUAGUGGAGUCCAAGCCUCCCAGACCGCUCACCCGCUGGCCCUUGGGGAACUCGGCUUCGGGAACGUUGGCCCCGCCCCGCGGCUCCUCCCGCCCCGCCAUUGGCUCCGCGGGCCGGGGGCGGGGCCGAGCGCCCAACCGCCGGGUUGGCGUCAGGCGCCUCGAGCGCAGUUUCCGGGCGUCGGUGGCGGAGAGGCCGGAGCGUCGGGUCGGAGGCUGAGAGGCUGCAGCGGCCAGGAGCGACCCCGCCCCCUCCCCGCUCGCUCUGCCAGGUGCAGGAUCAGAUUCAGGCCUUAGAGACGAGGCUGUCACGGAUGGCGGGGAAGUCUCCGAGAAGAGGAGGUUGCUGUUUACUGAUGAAUGGAGUGUUUCAAAAGCGGUGAAGCCAGGUCAUCCCUUUCUUCUUUUAAAGUGUCAUGUGAUUCUCCGAGGGAGCUGCUGUGUGAGUGGAAAUGCUCUCAGUGCUGGAGAAUGGACCCCCGGGCUGCCAUCCCGGGAGACUCCGCGGCCGCGAUGGCGAUGGCGGCGGACGUCGAGGGGGACGUGUACGUGCUGGUGGAGCAUCCCUUCGAGUACACCGGCAAGGACGGGCGGCGCGUCGCCAUCCAGCCCAACGAGCGCUACCGGCUGCUGCGCCGGAGCACGGAGCACUGGUGGCACGUCCGGCGCGAGCCCGGCGGCCGCCCCUUCUACCUGCCGGCGCAGUACGUGCGCGAGCUGCCGGCGCUCGGGGACCCCGCCGCCUCCUCGCCGCCGCCCGCGCUCCGCCCGGGCCCCGCAGCCCCCGAACCGCUCGCCUACGACUACCGCUUCGUGAGCGCGCCGGCGCCCGCGGGCCCCGACGGCACGGCCGCCAAGCCCCGGGGCCGCGUGAGCUCCCUGUGCGGCCCCGCGCGGCGCGGCGCCUCGACCCAGCACGGCAGCCCCGGGCCCGGCCUGCCCACCUGCCUGUACACGCGGCCCGCGGCGCCCGUGCGGCCCGCGCGGUCCCUGGACGACCUGGCGCGCGCCGCCGUCGCGCCCCCUGCCGGCCUCCUGGGAAGCGCGGGCAGCUUCAAGGCCUGCAGCGUGGCGGGCUCCUGGGUGUGCCCGCGCCCCCUGGCGCGCAGCGACUCGGGGAACGUCUACGAGGCCAUCCUGGACGAGCGCGGCCCGGCGCGGGACGAGCGCCCGCAGCAGAAAUGCAGAUGACCUGGAGUACGGUGUGCCGCCCACCCCGUGCUGGCAGGUGCGCGCCACCUCACCUGCCUGACAGCCGUGGCACCAUUCCGAGAGGCGUCGGGAUCCUGGGCCUGCAGGAUCUCUCCGCCUCCCCUGUCUCAUAGACGCUUGGGGAUCAGAUGAGAUAAUGGAUGUGAAAGUCAGGGAUCUGCUUCCCGUUUUGGCUUCUUCCAACAUUUCAGUCAUUUCAGUUCCCCUCUAAACACACACACGCACGCACGCACACGCACGCACACCAAUUUUUUGUUUCAGGAAGAGGUCUAGUUACAGCGAGGGUUUUUUGUUGUUGUUGUUUGUUUUGUUUUGUUUUCUUUCGUUUCGUUUCGAAUCCGGUUGUGUUGAUUUGGGCAACCGAAAAUAGAGCACGGUUUUAAAACGCUCUUACAUCCCCAGAAUCCUUUCCAUGGCCCUGACAUCUUGAGCUUUAGGAACUUGCGGCAGGGGAAGGGGGGUGUGGAGACGUGGAGGGAGGAUGCACAAACAUCUUUUUGACAUCUGCCACCAGCUGGGUAAUUAUGGGAGAUUCACUUCCUCUCUCAGGGUCUCAGUUUGUCCCUUGGCCCAAAGACGGGUGGAAAGGGUGAAUGGAUGACCCCCCAACCUUGUGUCUCUGGUUUCUUUCUUUGUCCUUGAUGUACUUGAUGUCAGCGUGGUUGCCUGGCACAUGCCAGGACUGAGUCUGGGAUGCCCCGCGGAAGGAGGCACCGUCCCGCUCUGGGACUUCCUGGGUCUUCCCACCACCAGGUCUGGUUACAGUGCAAAGAGCUCAGGAUUUGAAGCUAGAGAGACUCGAAUUUGACCCUGCUGGGUGACCUGCCAGCUGCUGAGGAAUCCCUUAAUUGCCCCAGCCCCAGUGUCCUCCUGUGUAAAGGAUUAGCGUUGUGAGCCUUCGACGAGGUGAGGCGUGGAAGCGCUUGGCACGUAGCAGGCGCCGCACGGAGGCAGACCCGGGUCGCAUUUAGCAUCCCCUUCGGCGCCGCCUUCGCUUUGAUUUCUGCAAGGAGCAGCCCGCCCCCCUGUGGCCAUGGCGGGGAACAGCAUUCUGCGGGUGAGGACGCGGACCCAGAUUCCGCCCGGAAGGAACGGGGGCGGGGGCCAGGGGGAUCUUGCGCCCGGCGGCCCUGGGGGCCAGGUGGCCAGCUUCUCCGGGGCAGAUGGCUGGAUGCCAGCGCUCCUUACCCCGGCGCCCCUCCGUUCCCAGGCAGGCCGUCGGAGGCGCAUUCCGGGGCCUUUCCAUAUUCUCUUUCUCCUUCUUCAGCAGCAGUUACCGGGGAGUGAGGGGGUGGGGACACACGUGAUGGCGGGGUGGUGCUCGCGCCGGGAGGAACCGGGGCGUCCGCGGAGAGACCUGGGUAUUGGUCGAGACGCUCAGCCUGCUCCCCCCUCUGGCCCUAAUUCCCCGUGCGAUCUCAACAAGAGGCUUGGUAUCUCUGUUCCUGUUUCCCCUGUGACCCUGCUUUAUUCCAGUGUCACGUGUGGGUCUCCCUGACCCCCUGUCCCCUACAAACUCCAGGGGUGGGGAGUUGGUUCUCUCCUGGGAAGGAUCCCCAGUCUGCUCUUAGUUAUUGAAGGCAGCCUUCUUUUUUUUUAAGAUUGAUUAUUUAUUUAUUUAUUUAUUUAUUUAUUUA